GAAAGACGCGCCCCCUGUGCGUAAAAAGGCAGGACAGACAGGACGCAGCGCGACGCUUCCUCUGCUCACCUGAAACAGCGCAGUUUACAGGCAGGCGGGCAGGUACGCAGAGGAGCGGAGCCGGAAGAACGAGCAGGUCGACUUGUCCUCCUAGUAUUAUUUUUUGUUGCCAAUUAUACUCCAGGCUUUUCUUACAUUACAACUCUGCCCCCUGCUUCUCCUUUUUAAACGCGAAUUAUUAUUUAUUGUGUAUUAAGUGACGCGGCAUCGGAGGAAACAUGACAGAGCACAGAAAGAAGCUGAUUCUGAUCGUAGUGGAUAUUCUUUGUGUCUUUGUUGCGGCUUUGCCCUCUGCCAUCCUGACGCUGAUGUUUAAACCGUACCAAAGAGGAAUCUACUGUGAUGAUCAGAGCAUCAGCUAUCCGUACAGGAGAGACACCAUCUCCCAUGGAGUCAUGGCUGCCGUCACCAUUACCUGCUCCAUUGUCAUUAUCACCACGGGAGAGGCCUACCUUGUGCACACAAAGCGCCUGCACUCCAACUCCCAGUUCAAUCAGUAUUUGUCAGCUCUUUAUAAGGUGGUGGGAACCUUCCUGUUUGGAGGAGCUGUCAGCCAAUCACUUACUGACCUGGCCAAGUUCACUAUAGGUCGUCCUCGUCCAAACUUCCUGGCCGUGUGCGCCCCGGUCAGCUGUAACGGAUACAUGCUCCAGAUCAACUGCACCGGCUACCAUCGCAAUGUGACUGAAUCCAGGUUGUCGUUUUACUCCGGCCACUCGUCCUUUGGGAUGUACUGCAUGCUCUUUCUGUCGUUCUACGUCCAGGCCCGAGUGCAGGGGAAGUGGACGCGCCUGGUUCGACCGACCAUCCAGUUCUUCCUGGUGGCAUUUUCUCUUUAUGUAGGAUACACCCGUGUGUCUGACUACAAACACCACUGGAGUGACGUAGUGGUGGGGCUGCUGCAGGGAGCUCUUAUCGCUGUGCUCACUGUCCGAUACGUGUCCGACUUCUUCAAGCAGCGCCCCCCCCGCUGCACACACACAGACACGGCAGAGAUCGAACACCUUGAACGCAAACCAAGCCCACAGCCUCCCGACUCGCAGCACGGAAACCACUACAACUACUCCGGACCUGUAUGAGCUCUUUCCAGCAGCUACUCUUACUAACCUGGGCCUACAAGCUCACUAACAGCAGCUCCAUUACCAAAGAACAUGACUUCUACAGAAAAAAAAAAAAUACAAUGCAGUAACCACUACCUAGAAAUCCAGACUAGACUGGCUACACUCGGCGACAACAUCCCCAACAACUCUCCAGCUUUGAAAACUCAGAUUCCCUAAACCUGUUGGAACAGAAGCUCAGUGUGUCUUUUUAAUUAGGGUGUGUGUGUGCUGUGAAAAUAUGUGCGAUUGUGUUUUUGUGUACACGUGUAGCGUGUUGUUUUGUUCGAAUGUGUGCAAUGAUAUUGAUUUUAUGAUGUUGGUUUGUCUUAAUUCUGUGCUGCGUUGAUGAGAUUUGUGGCGGAGAAUUCAGGCUGUGCGUAACACCGAAAAGUUGGCUGGUGUUUUUGAAAUUUACAGACAGUCUUGAGCAAAGAUUGUUCUGUCCACAAAUGGAGUGCCAAAACCUUGGAAGAUGAAAGUUUUCUACUUUUGUUGCUUACUUACUGCAGUUAGAGAACACUUAUUUUACACUGGAGCUAGAUUAUAUCUGCCUGUCCCUGCCACUUUAGUCAUUUUUCUCUGCAGACAUCUAUAUUGAACUGUCUUUAGAAGAUAUGUAUGUUUAAUGAUGGACUAUAUACAUAAUUUUGUAUUGUGCUAACAUUUUUUAUUUUAUUACUACUGUAUCUAAUAAAUUGUGUAGCUUUUUAAGAAAGCAUUACCACCACUUUACUGUGACGUUACAGAGCAACUUUGUAAGCUGGCAUCGUUAUUCUCCUUACUCCUCGAUUAAAAAAAAAAAGACAGCAUAAACAUACAUUUUUUUAGUUUUUUAGCACCUUACCUGCUUAUGGAAUUAAUUUCUCUACAAGUUGACGCUAACAUGUGUAACCAAUUGUAAAACUGCACAUAAUGUAAUCAUUUCUUUCCUUCAGCCUGUUGGUUGUUUAGUGUAGUUUUCACCAUAAAUAUUAGCCAGCA